AUGGUCUAUUCCGAGAACUCUGUGCAGAAGUCCGAGGAAGAGUGGAGGGCAAUCCUCAGCCCGGAGCAGUUCUACAUCCUCCGCCAGAAGGGGACCGAGUAUGGUCACUGAAUUCCGAAGUUGCAUCGUUUUGCUUGCGUUUUCGAUCGUCUGCUCCCCCUGAAAGCAAAAUCGCUAUGUUUUUUUCUUUUCCAAUCUCCAUAAUUAUUUCUUGAAAGUAUCCAUAAUAUUAUUAAAAGAAACCCUUGCAUGCUAAUCGACGUAUCAUGGCCGGAAUUUUCAUCAACCUGGAAUGGAUAUCAUUUUUCUUUUUUUUUUUCGGGGAUUAAAAUUUCAUCAAAUGAAGCAAGACUGGGGUGCAUGAACAAGCCCACGGAAUUCUUUUCUUCAUUUCUUGAGCAGUACAUUGACUCUCUUCUGGAACGAAAUUGCUCUCUGAUUUAAGAUAUAAGAGAAACUGUAUGUGCGAAGGUUUAAAAUCUCCGAAACAGGUGGAAGAAAGAAAUGCAGGAUCACCACUAUGGCCCUCUGAGUUCUGAUUCAAAAUAUAUAAAAAAUAAAUAAAAACAAAACUCUAUCCAUACCUAUCACGUUGCUAGGGAGCAUGCCUCAGAUAUAAAAACAUAAAAGAAGAAAGAUGGGGAAGAAAGUGACGACUUUGGCUGACUGGGUCAGGACACUUGAAUACUAUAAGAGCUAUGGAUAUGAAAUCCACCAAUUCAUUGAUUGAUAGAUGGGAAAAUAUCGUCAAUCUUUGGUAUGAUGCAACAAUAUUGCAUACUUAUAUAGUCCUGGAGGUUAGGUACGUAUAAGUAGGUAAAUAUGAGAAAUCCGUUGCUAGUGGAAUCCAAGAUUAAAACUAAGGGAUCUUUGAAUCUUACAUCAAGAGCUGAAGCCUCUGUCAGUUCUCUUAAGAAUAUCCUAAUAUUGAUUGUAAUAGAAAGGAGCCUGAGGCUGUGAUUAAAAAGGUGGGCAUACUCCUCUCUCUGAUUGCCCAAUUGGUGUUGAAUUGCAUGGCCCAAUUACUCUGACAAUUUCAUUCUGUGGAUCUCCGCUGGUGCAACAGGGCUAUCAAUCUGUUUUCUUGAUCAAAGAUAAGGGGUGAUUAAAUGGCACUCCUAUCAACACCAGAUUGAGUCAACGGUCGGCGUCUAGUAUUCAGUAAUUAUGUGCCAUUGUUGCAUUUUCCUCUUCUGGCUUCCAAGUGCCAAAAAACAUCCUCAAUGGAGGAAAAAUAAACCUGCUUUCCAUCUGACUCUACAGGGACGUGGUUAAGUUCCCUCUCCCCAUCUUUGUGGGUGGAAAAAGAUGUCGUAGUUUUUUUUUUCCUUUUUUGGCAAUUUAAGGUCUUGAUCAUCUUCUGGUUGUCAGAUGGACACGUUCAUCAGAUAUUGCUGUGCUCGUGUAGGUAUCCGGGCACCGGAGAGUAUAACAAGUUUUAUGAAGAGGGUGUAUACAACUGUACAGGUUGUGGAACCCCACUGUAUAAAUCCACGACGAAAUUUGACUCCGGCUGUGGCUGGCCGGCGUUCUACGAGGGGCUUCCUGGGGCAAUAAAGCGCACGGUACAAUCCUCUCCGUUCCUUUCCUUUCCUCACUCAUUUUCUUCCUGGUUCAUCUUGAAAUCCUUUUAAUGAACAUCAUAAUAUGAGGUGUGUCUGUUGCAGCCGGAUCCUGAUGGAAGGAGGAUCGAGAUCACGUGCGCAGCCUGCGGGGGCCAUCUGGGUCACGUCUUUAAAGGUGAAGGCUUCCCAACGCCCACGAAUGAGCGCCACUGCGUGAAUAGCAUUUCGCUCAAGUUCACCCCCGCUGAGUAG